AAACCUUCCAGAAAACAAUUGUUGUUCUCCUUUUUUCCAAGAGUUUCUGCAUUUCUAAUUCCAAUUUCAAUUUCCAUUUCUGAACUUCCUUUGAAGUCUAUUAAAGUGUCUGCUACCAGUCGCUGAAGCGAGGGAUCCCGCAUCCGACCAAGUUUUAGACCAGUCGCCGGCCGGCCGUGAGCGCGGUGGGAAUAGGCUUCCCAAAAAGCCAGCCUCGAUUCCAAGAGUUCCUCCACAAGCUAUUUCCCAUUUCAAUUCCAAUUUCUCUGAAGUUCCAAUUGAAGGUUCUCCUCGAUUUCAUUCUCAUUUCUGAUUGCAUGUUAAAUUAAAUGCAGUUUUUUUGACUGGUGGCAGUCAGUCUAGGCUCGGUGUUGCUCUCUGGUAAUUUUACUGGGCUCCGGUGACGGCGUGGACAUCGUCCAGCAACCUCUGUAACUUCGAUAUCCCUCUCUCUUUCGAAAAAGGAAGAAAAAUGCAAAAAGCGUUGAGCAAUGCAGAAGAUUACACAUACAACUGGUAGUAAGAGCUUUGCUAUACUACGAGAUGAAAUGGAAGAAAAAAAUGGUGGUGAGCUUGUGGGAGAAAUAGAUUUUUAUAUGGCUACUCAUUUGAACAAAGAUGGCAAAUAUGUUGAUGAAGAAGCAGAAAGUACAGUGAAAAAGGCCAAAGAAAUGCACACAGAGGGGUUAGCAACUAGCUCAUUAGAUGCAAUAUCCCUACAAUAGGCAGUUAUGUCUGAAGUGAGAGCUGCUCAAAAUCAAGAAGUUAUUGAGUUGAAGGGUCAGGUGAUUGAACUUAGAGAACAAGUGGCUUCUCUAGCUGCUCUAAUUAGGCAGUUGACUGCAAAUAUGAACCCUUAAACUUACCAGGGUCAACAAGGAGUGCCAACCUUUCCAGAUACAUCUUACAGUAAUGAUGCUACUGGUGGCAGCAAUGUAAAGCAUUUGUCUAUGAAAAUUUCAAGACUGCAGUGACUUUAAAGUGUUAGUAGCAAAAAAGUCAUUUUCUAGUUAUUUUGUGUUUGAAUAUGGCAACUCAAGGUUUAGAUACUCUUAGACAUGGUUGUAUGCUAUUUGGAUAUCAUUUUCUAUCAUUUUUUGGGGAUAGCAUUGGUGUAUUCUGUUU